AUGGAUGUACAACGUCUCACUCUCGACCCCAAACAUGUACAGGCCCCAACCCGAGACCUGCCAUCCGGCAAGUCCCUGCCUAACAAUCUCCCAGACGCAAAGGAGAUAAAGGUGCAUCCGCGAGGCGCCAAUGGUGAAGAAAAUGCAUCAUUGUAUUUCGUCGGAACAGCGACAACAAUAUUGGCACCUGCACCCUCCGCAAAGGCUUUGAUCUACUUAUUGAUCAAAAUGCAAAGGGAUCACUUUGAUCAAACAGUUGAAGCGUCUCUACGCCGAGACUUGCCCAUCAUAACUACUCCCCAUGCAAAAACGCAUCUUACCUCAAAGGGUCCACAAGACUCGUUCUCGAAUGUCCAUGCACUAGACCCUUUUGAGCAGAUGGUCGUGGAUAUCCAAAGUAGUAACACCGGCAAAAAGCCGUAUAUUCGUGUCACAGGAAUGCCUGGGAAACAUGUUCCCACAAAACCGCUUCAGAAAUUGAAUGAUCUCGUUCAGGCAAUCCCCCCAACGAAUGGAUGGAUGGUAGAACUCGGACAUUCCCAGACCGAGUCGUCAUCAGACUUCAAAGUCGGCUAUCGUAUUUACAUCUCCGGCGACACCCUGUUAGUCGACGAACUAAAAGAGAUCCCUAAGCGAUACGCAGGUCAGAAUAUCGACUUGAUGCUCAUUCAUCUCGGCGGAACGACCGUACCCUCCCCGUCGUUGUUGCCCAUGGCAGUCAUGGUGACCAUGGACGCUAAGCAAGGGUUACAAUUGAUUCAAUUGAUCAAACCUGACCUGACGAUCCCGAUACAUUAUGACGAUUAUGACGUCUUCGCAAGUCCAUUGGAGGACUUCAAGGCUGAGAUUGAAAAGGCCGGGUUGACAGAUAGGGUUGUGUAUCUUGAUCGAAGUGAUCGGUUUAGAUUCCGGGUUUCUGGUUGA